AUGGAGGUAGCCGAUAUUUUUGCAUUUGCCAUAUCCAUCCUUCAGCGAGUCCUUGCAACUGCUAUAGGCUUGGCUGUUGCUGCUCAUGAGAGAUACCCAGAGUAUACAAACAUUGUCUUUACAAUAAUUGCUGCAUACAUAGCUUACUCAAUACUUGUCAAGUCAGCCAAAGCAUGGAUCAGGUUUACAAUUAGUCUUUUAAAGCUGAUACUAGUCGUGACGUUCAUUGUUGUGGCGUAUGGCAUAUCUGUUCGAGGCUGGGACACAUUUUACAACUCUGACAUUCCCCACAUUCAAAGCUUUGCUUCGAUGUUUUAUAGAAUUGGCAAGGGAGCAAUGGGAGCAUUUGCUAAAGAUCAGGAGCAAAGCUAUCAAGAAUACUGGCGAGCUGCUGAAGGAGCCGCAAAGGGUGGGUUAAAAACCGGCAACCCAAUCCUCGAUGAGGGGCUCGAUUACUUGAGGGAGAAUAUUGGAAGUGACACCAUUGAUCAGGGGAUUGAGUAUUUGAAGGACAAGAUUGACGUGAAUGAUAUUCAGAAUUUUUUAGGCAUGGUGAACCAUUAG